GUCAAGACGUCUCAAAGCGCUUCACAGGAUUAUACUGCAACUGGGUGUACUUUGUGAGUGAACUCCCAGUGGAACCAAAGAUCCUUGAUUCUUAUAGCUUUUGCUGGGCAUCAUCAUCUUCUAAGUCAAGUGUGUGUCCAGGGAAUGCCAUUGCCAUUAGCAUCGAGUGCCAGUUGAUCACUGAGCCAAGGAGAAACGGGAGGUAACUGUAGGUAAGGUCGAAGAAGAAGGUAAUCAGGUGCGAUCUGAAGUCGGGUGAGGCAGAUGGCUUGAGGCAAGAAGUUCCAGGGUUUGGUGGGGAUAUUGGCUGAAAGCACAGGUGCCAAUGGUGGAGCAGAGGGGAUGAAUUCAGACCAACAAGAGGGUUCGUGAUCUUUGGAGUUGUGCAAAAUGUCAACAAUUUACCCUUAAUGAAAAUCCUAAGCAAAGUCAGGAAAAAAAUUGUUUAGCUUUCAGCCGCGGUCAGUGUCAGCUUAUGCUCAGGCAGGCUUCUGUAACUAGUGCACGUACCUUCAAUUUGACCGGCAAUUUGCAGGUGAGCUAGGUCCAACGCUAUUCUUUUUUUUAAAUAAUACGUUUUUAAAGCAUUAAAAUGGCCUCAAGUUAACCAGGACACAUUCUACGAGCUCUCAAGGAAAGGAUUUCAGUGGUGUGUGACACAAGACCAUUCAGGUUAUUUAUAAAUCAGCAUCUUUAAAAAGUAACCCAGUGACCCUUUUCCACAGCGGCACAGAAAAGCCCAGAAAAGUAACAGUCGGGAUGAAGUUUCAGGCACCCCAUAGGUUGAUGCUGUAGCUUCAGGCAUUUGACAAGAAUGAAGAUUGAUGGCUUUGGGGCCUGUGCGUUAGAAUCAAAGUGUGACUUGUUCCAUUCAGUCAUCUUGGAGCAGUUGUUAGCUCAAAGCAGACACUUUUGGGCCAUGCUAACAGACAACCAGCUCAUCUCAAUCGGUUCCCAGUUCUCAAACCAAAAGAAAGGACACAUCUCGUAUCCUAUUUCUUCACCCGCUCAGGUUGGCUUCCAGUACUGACCACCUUUGCAAAGGUAGGUGUUGUUUGAAAUCUCUCUUUUUAUAUAUAUAUAUUGUAUAUAUAGCAUCAGAUCUAACAGUUUCACUGAUGGCUGUAUGUGCUUUUUAUUUUUCAGAUCCUAUCCCAGCCAUGAACCUCUUCAUCACUGUGAUGUUCUUUGCCUUGCUGGGAGGAGGUUGCACCCAGAACAGGGCAAACCUGAAAGCUGCUGCUAAGAAUUCUAACUCAAAUAGGAGGAAUUCAAACCCGAGCGGGGAGUCUGCGCAGCCAGUCUCUCAAGUGCCGCUUCCUGUCAAUGCUACUGCAUCCGAAGGCAAUGGUGACAAUCUGGUGUCUCACGUCAAGACUCUCGCUCAGACCCUCUAUCAAUGCUCAAAAUCGGCGUCCACUGAUGACAUGAGACUAAACUUCCUGAGAAGCACAUCUGUGACAUGCAAUGAUGGCACUCCGGCUGGGUACUAUUUAAGGGAGUCGAAAGGAAGCAAGCGGUGGAUAAUAUUUUUAGAAGGUGGCUGGUGCUGUUACAACAAAGAGAGUUGUGACACAAGAUACAGAUCAAUUCGACGACUCAUGAGUUCUUCUGAGUGGCCGCAAGCCCAGAAAGGUUCUGGAAUUCUGUCAUCACAGCCAGAGGAAAACCCACACUGGUGGAAUGCCAACACUGUGUUUGUACCUUACUGCUCAAGUGACGUGUGGAGUGGGACUGCACCUCGGUCUCGCCAAGUUGAAUAUGCAUUUAUGGGGUCCUUGAUUCUCAAGGAAGUGAUUAAAGACUUGGUGCCAAAGGGUAUUACUUUGGCCAAAGUGGUCAUGCUUGCUGGAACCAGUGCUGGUGGGACUGGAGUGCUGCUGAACAUUGAGCGAGUGGCCAGUCUGCUGGAACAGCUGGGAGCUGAUGUGCAAGUCCGGGGUUUGGUCGACUCAGGCUGGUUCCUCGAAAGCAAACCACAACGGCAGGCUGAAUGUGUAGACGUGGCCUCUUGCACUCCUAACGAUGUCAUUAAAAAGGGGCUCAGGUUGUGGAAUGGCAUUAUUCCUGAACGAUGCAGACAGCAGUUCAGACGUGGAGAUGAAUGGCAGUGUUUCUUCGGUCAUAGGAUGUACUCGUCUCUAACGUCCCCAGUGUUUGUGGUACAGUGGCUGUUUGACGAGGAACAGUUGAAAAUUGAGAACAUUCAACUGGGAAGCCAUUCUCUCACAGAAAGUCAGUGGAACUACAUUCAGAAUUUGGGCCGAGAUCUCAGAAAUUCACUGCGUGAUGUCUCAGCUGUGUUCGCCCCGGCAUGUCUAUCCCACACCCUGAUCACUAAAAGCAACUGGCUGGACUUUCAAGUGCGAGGGAUUUCCUUGAAUAGAGCGUUACAGUGCUGGGAUCGAAGUCUUCAAGAAAACAAGAACUCCAGACCUCCCGCUAGAAACUGCUCCUUCCAUUUAAUUGAUCAGUGCCGCCUGCCACAUUGUAACCCCACCUGCCCAGCGCUCCGUGAUCCAGUCACAGGUCAGGAAGUGAACAUGAUUCAGCUUCUGAUGAAUAUGGGCUUCGAUGUUCAGAGAAUAGCGCAGCAGCUUGGAAUGGAGCCCAAUCAUUUGCUGGGGAUGCUUAGUAAUGGAGGCUAGAGUCUUAAAACCAAUUCCAUCUCCUGUGUUUUCUUCUGUGCCAUGACGUUUGCAGUGAAAACUAUAGAUUUCAAUUGUCACAUUGCUUGGUUAACAAACUGAGAUCAUUGGAUAUACUUGCCCUGCUAUCAGAGCUAAUUCUGGUUUUAGCAUUACUGUUUGUUUCCCACUCAGCAUUGCUAGAAGCAUGAUGCCUUUUCUUUACCCCCAACCUUGGGGCCGGUGAGGAUAAGGCUUUACGCUUAACGCUUCCACCAAACAUCAUCCUUGGAUCUGCAUUUGCACGGUUCGUUAGACACAAUCAACAAAUUAAACUGUACGCUCAUUGGAAUUCAUGUUUUAAUGGACUGAAGAAGUCUGAUGCGAGUUAAAGAGUUAACAGCUGAUCCCGUCUUAUGUUUUCCUUCCAUUUGUUUUCUUGUUGUUGCUCAGAUUAACUUGCAUUCAACCACAGUGAGAAUUCUACUGGUUUUAUGAGCUGCUAGAUGGGUACAAUAAAACCGCUUUGCAUCUCUGCAGAGCAGUUUGCGUAGUAAUGUACCAUUUGCUGCUUUGAGAUGGGAGAGCCAAGAUGCUCACAGAAAUACCUGUACCCUGGCCAAAGCAUGUUAUCAGGGAAUAUAGAAUUUAAUUAACAUCUGAAAUGGUAAGCCUUAUAUUAAACACAGACUGAUUUUUUCUCCCUGAAUUGACUCUCUAAUAAGAAAUCAUGAAAAUGUAAUUGUAAUACUAGUGUCUAAAUAUCAUUCAAUCAAUACCCUACUCUUACCCCAUGUCUUGAAGUAAUAUUCAAGUAACCGGAUACAGUAUAUUCUGUGAAGCGCUUUGAGACGUCUUGAAGACAUGAUAAGGCGCUAUAUCAAAUGCAAGGAUUAUUGAUGUUAUUCCUGGCAUCUUAUUGUUUUCUUAAUGGACGAUUUGAUUCUGAAGUUAAAAGCCAAAAUGAAAGCUAAUUGUACAGGCUACUGGGAGCACCAUUCUGCAUUAGUGCACGUAACGUCUCAUUGCAGUAAGUGAUUAGAAAUAUUUUGUUUAAAAUAAUUUGAAGGCUGAUCAUUCUGAACGGUGAAGAUAUUGCCUUAAAAACUGAUUAUGAAACAAAAUAUGUGCUAAUUAAUAUACUCAUAAUAAAAACCUAUACUUCGCAUUAACAUGUAUGGUAUAUUGUAAUGUACACUGUUAUCAAACAAUGUGUUGUGUUGUUUCGAGUGUUUCAAUGUGCAACGGUAUAUUUCUGGUUUCAUUUGACUGUAAUCAGAUGGAGGCAUUUAUAAAGAGAUGUACUCAGAACCUCCUUGUUAACAACCUUGUUUGUUACUUGUUAUAUGAUUUCAAAUAAAACUUAUUAGUGAU